GGCAGCUGUUGUGUACAAGUGCGUCACCGUGGCAACCGUUACGUAGCUGAGCUGAACACAGGAAACGGAGUGCGCGAGCAAAGAAACCGGAAGUAAGCGAUGCAAACGCAACAAGUUUAAUAGUAGUUUGGGAAAAAAAGUUCAUCGCCCAGUGGGAGACGUCAACAUGGGAACUACGGCGAGUCAACUCGGGAAGGAUUUGCUCUCAGAAUAUCAAGAGCUGACAUUCUUGACAAAACAAGAAAUUCUUCUUGCUCACAAGAGAUUCACCGAACUGCUCACUAAAGAUGAGAAAGACCUUCCGAAUGCCAGAGUGCCAAUGGAGAGGAUUCUCACUUUGCAGGAACUCAAGUCCAACCCUUUCAGGAAAAGGAUCUGCAAUGUGUUCUCAACGUCGGAACAGAAAGACGGCAGCCUCACAUUUGAGGACUUUCUCGAUCUUCUGAGUGCCUUCAGUGACUCUGCUACUCUGGAAAUCAAAUCCCACUAUGCGUUUCGUAUAUUUGACUUUGACGAUGAUGGAACCCUUGAUUGUGGCGAUCUGGAGAAGCUGGUGAACUGUCUGACCGGGGAGACUGAUGACACAAGACUCACUGCAGAGGAAAUGCGACAGCUCAUCAACAAUAUUCUGGAAGAGUCUGACAUUGACAAGGAUGGAACAGUGAACCUCUCCGAGUUUCAGCAUGUCAUUUCAAGAUCACCAGAUUUUGUCAGUUCUUUCAAGAUCGUGCUGUGAAGACCUCUAGGGGGCUGUGGAAAUGCAUUACCCUUUAUUUCUCAUAUUAUGGUCUUUCAUUUUCGACUAUAGCAAUUUUUGAUAUUUGCCUUAAAUUAUAUUUACCUCUGGAUCUCAUUGCCUUAACAGUUUUUAUGUGAUAUUUUUCAAAUUUAAAAUCCCUAUGGUUUUUUAAAAAGAAAUCUGUAAAGAAAAUAAAAAAAUAUUUACAAAAUGUA